CCGCUCACGGUUGCGACUUGUGCGUGGAAUUCGUUGUCCGAGACAACCGUUUCAUUACACGAUUUACGACAUGAAAGAUUUCAAAAUGACAACAUGUUACAUUUCCUGUGCGUGCAAUCGCGUGCCUCAUUGCGCGGAUUGGGCCAAUAACGGUCUCGUUUGCUUCGGUGCGUGCAAUGCGGUCGCGAUUUAUGAACCGUGCAUGCACAUCGGUCGCAUCGUACACACGUUGCACCGGCAUAGCGAUCGUGUCACUACGGUACAUUGGAUCAGGCCGAGAAACGACGUAUUAGAAACGGAAUUGUUGUCCUGUUCCGUAGACGGCACCGUAAUCAUUUGGAGCAAGGAUUGCCAGAGCAACUCUUUCCGGGACACCUCGAUAUUGGAUGUAGGAUGUGCCGUGAUAUUUGCGGAUUCCCUUCAGCUGAUCGACGAUGCAUCGUCGAAUCACCCAAGGCUAUUGAUAUGCGUAGGUACUGGCAGCGAAUUGAAGAUUUACUUGAGACGGGAUAAUGCAGACGUAAACGUUAUCCAAACGAUGGACUUCGGCGGAAAGUUUUCGAUAAACUGCCGUUUGACACAUCUAUCAAACACGAAACAUCUUCUCAUGGCUACGGCGUUGGAAAAUUUCUCUGUCGUGCUUUGCACCGCGGAUCAACUAGAAUUGAAUUUUGUGAGAGUGCAGAGUUUAUCGGGGCACCAAGAUUGGGUAAAAUGUAUGGACUUUUGUCACGACAGUGAUGGAAGCAUCUUUCUCGCGACAGGCUCAGAAGAUACCACGAUACGAUUAUGGAAAAUUAGUAAAACUGCCACGAAAUUAUCGAGUGAUAAGUUCAUGCAGAAAAGAGAAAUUUUCACAAUAGAUAAUACAGAAUACAAUGUUACUUUGGAGUCUCUUCUUUAUGGUCAUGAAAGCUGGAUUUACGGAGUACAUUGGCAACCCAUCAAACGGGAGAAUGACGGUAGUCAAUCGAUAAGAUUAUUAUCUUCUUCGUUUGACAAAUCCAUGAUUAUAUGGAAGUUUGAUGACUCUGUUGGGAUUUGGGCAGAAGAAGUACUUGUUGGAGAAGUUGGUGGCAAUUCUCUGGGUUUCUAUGGUUGCAAGUUUGCUCCAGAUGGACUACACAUAUUGGGAUAUGAUUACCAGGGUUCUUUUCAUAUUUGGAAAUAUUCUCAGGAAAUCGCAAAAUGGCUUCCACGAUCGGCACCCAGCGGUCAUUUUUCUGAAGUAGUUGACUUAUGUUGGGAACCUAAAGGAAGGUUCCUCCUUACAGCCAGCACGGACAAAACUACAAGAAUUCAUGCAGCAUGGAAAGACAACCUCGAGGAACGAUGGCACGAGAUCGCACGUCCUCAGGUUCAUGGACAUGAUAUGUCAUGUCUGAUUAUGUUGGCACCGUACAUGUACGCUUCCGGAGCAGAAGAAAAGGUGGUACGUGUUUUCACAGCUACAUCGACAUUUAGAAAUCGCUUAAGAUCGUUGGCAGAUGUGGAAGAUUUCAAGUCUAUAGCAGUUAGUGGCGCUACCGUGCCUUCUCUUGGACUGACGAACAAGGCGACGUUUGAUGAAGAAAUCGUCGAGUACAAGACCGUACAGAAUUUAACUACGAAGGACAGCGAGUAUGAAACACCCACGGAAGAAGAACUCACGCAAAAUACACUUUGGCCGGAAUUGCAGAAACUUUACGGACACGGCUACGAGAUAUUUUGCAUGGCAGCAAGGCACGAUGGAUGCUUACUGGCUACAGCAUGCAAGUCGACGAAUUUGGAACACGCGACGAUCAUAUUGUGGAGUUGCAGCACAUGGUCGCAAGUUCAAAAAUUGGUCUCUCAUCAAUUAACUGUAACGCAAAUGGAAUUUUCACCAAAUGACAAAUAUUUACUGUCAGUCUCAAGAGACAGGAAAUGGUCGCUAUUUAAAGAGCAUGAUGGAAGUUACUUAUUAAUCGUGACCAGCUUGAAGCACAAUAGUCCACACUCACGAAUCAUCUGGUGCUGUGCCUGGACAGGAGAUUCGAAUUACUUUGCAACUGGAUCCAGAGAUGGGAAAGUAGGCAUAUGGUCCGUGACGACGGAAGAAAAUAACGUUAGUGUUGUUCAAGAAGCAACCUUGGAUACACAGAAUCAGUCAGUUACAGCUGUAUGUUUUGCACCAUACUGCAUCACACAAGGAUCUUACAUUCUGGCAGUUGGAUAUGAAGCAGGAAAUAUAGAAAUCUAUAUGUUAACUACGAAUGUCAGGAUUAUCGAAUGGAAAUUGGUAAAAUAUGAUACUUCUGAAGCUCAUCAUUUGACUGUAAAGAGGCUUAAGUUUCAACCUAGUAACAAACAGCUGCUUAGUACAUUGCGAUUGGCGAGUUGUGGUUCUGACUCUAUUGUUAAGAUACAAGAUAUAGAUAUAUCGCUAUUUAUAAAGACAUAGUUCUCCUAUUAUAUCAAAA